UCUUCGCUUCCUUUAGAAAACAUUACAAUAAGACCAACGAAUUCGCCAGUAGAGCUUAUAGACAAAGAUGGGGAGGCGUGCAAAUGUGUUCCUUAUUACCUAUGCAAUAAAGAGAAUAUUGCUGUCGACGCCAACAAUGUGUCCGUAACGGGUUGGGGGACUUUGGAUAUCAGAUUCAAAGAAGACGAAUGUCAAGAAAGUGCCGAGGUGUGCUGCAAGCUUCCUGAUCUGAGGACAGAAGAUCAGGUUGUGACGCCGGCUCCAUUGCCCACAAACCGAGGGUGUGGCUAUAGGAACCCCAAGGGAUUGGAUUUUACUAUUAAGGGCGGUACUGGUGGAGAAGCAGAAUUUGGCGAGUUUCCAUGGGUGGUCGCAAUCACAGACGCUUUCAACGACAGUUACGCCGGCGUUGGCGUGCUCUUACACCCCCAGGUCGUUAUGACCGGCGCGCACAUUGCCUACAAAUAUAUACCAGGAGGAAUCAAAGCUCGUGCAGGGGAAUGGGACACCCAGACUGUGAAAGAAAGACUGAAGUAUCAAGAAAGACUUGUACAGGAUAUCUACCUUCAUAACGAUUUCAAACGUAAAAGUUUGAAGAAUGACUACGCGCUACUACUUCUUCAGGAACCAGUAGAGCUAGGACCCCACAUCAACGUCAUAUGCAUGCCGGAGCAGGAUGAAGAUUUCUCGAGCUAUAAAGGAUGUAUUGCCAAUGGAUGGGGAAAGGACCAUUUCGGUAUGUUUUCGAAGUAUAGUUGCUGG